AUUGCUUUUCCUGCUUUACACACACAAUAUAUAUUUAUAUAAAUACUCUUCUUUAAUUCUUCUUCAAUAGCCUUUUCUCUCUCUAUCUCUAUCUCUCACCCUCUAUACCUAUAUAUAAUACUUCUUCUUUUUUUCUUUAUCACAGAAAGGGAUGGGAAGUCAACUCAGUAAAGAUUCGGAUAGUGUAAGAAGUGGUUCACGAAGACGCAAACGAAGUGUCCCAGCCCAAGGAAAAUUCAGCACAGAAUAUGCUUCGAGACCGACCCAGUCCUUUCCAGCAUCUCAUUCUCGAGCCCAUCGAACUACGGGUGUGAGUCCUAUAAACCACAAGGUGGUCUUGAUGACCGACCAGAUCACUCCGCUAUCGUCCCUUUCGUCAGUUAUUUCUACCUCUCGUCACAAAAAAUCGUCUAGCUCAGGGCAAACAAGCCCUACAACAACAGCCACAACAACAACGAGUUUUAAUGGUGGGUGUGGUAUGGAGAACAGGAGUAUAUCUUCUUUUACGAGUGAUGAUGAACCCAGAACACCGACUCAAAAUUAUCACUCGACCAUGUCAUCAUCAUCAACAUCAACCACAACAAUAUCAACCACAAACACUAUGCAUACAACCACAACACAUCUGGGCUCACCACCCAGCCAUUGGUCAUCGACUCUUUCGGACGGCGUGGGAUCCUUGUCUGCCUCCAAAAAUUACAGCCCACCUUACCGUCCCUUUGCUCCAGCCGAAUCACCUCAGCCUGUUUCUAUCGUUUUUGACUCAAAUGUACAUUUUGUAUCCUUAUCGAGCCUUGAAUCCGGCUUAAGCACCAAGAGUCCCACAAAACCAGCCAUCGUAUCACCGUCACUUAAAGAUAACAAUAUUACCGUCGAUCCACAAAAAUGGUUGUAUGAAUAUGGAGCAGAAAGAGAACGAGAUAGACAGUGGAGACAGCACUAUGUAUUAAAAAUGGUAUUUGGUGGCAAUCUAAAGGUCGAAUUGGACCAACAGCCUAAACAGAUCCUCGAUUGUGGAUGUGGUGUUGGCUUGUGGACAUUGGAAAUGGCUCAAGCAUACCCCGGUGCAAAGGUCAUUGGUCUUGAUGUCGUUCUGCCUAUCACGGGAGGAGUAUCUUUGGCUGAUUUUGAAGAGAAUCAAAAUGGAGUUUGUGUAGCUGGUCUACCGAAUCUAAAGUACAUCUAUGCCGAUUUACUCAGUCCUCUUCCUUUCCCUGACAAUACAUUUGACUUAAUCAAUCAACGAGAUGUUGCGACGGUUGUUCCAGCCAAAUAUUGGCCUGAUCUAGUUAAAGAAUUUCAACGAGUUUUGAAACCCGGUGGAAAAUUACAACUCGUGGAAUAUGACAUCUUAUUCAAAAGCCCAGGACCGGUCUUGGCAUUAGUGAAUGAGUGGUACAAGAUUGCUGCUUCCAUGAUUGGUGUGGAUCCCCAUUAUGUCCAGUCCAUUGAGCCACUCCUUCAGAAAACUGGGUUUGAAGAUGUUGAAGAGACGGUCUAUAGUAUACCAAUUGGUGAAUGGCCAGAUGAUCCAACCAAAAAACAACAAGGAUAUCUCUACAAGGAACAGAUAAAGGCUCUUUUCAAAUCCAUGAGGAAAUGGUGGUUAUCUGAAAUCAGAGUCACUUCUGAGGAGUAUGAACGUGUGUGCCUGGGAGCACUUGAUGAGUUUGAAGAACAUGAAAAUGUUGCAGAAUGGAGAAUAUUCACAGCAAGAAAACCAUUAAAAGAGUAAAUAUAUAUAUAUAUAUAUAUAUUUUAUAUUAUUUCUAU